AUGACCGUAAUACAGCCUCCAGAUGUGGCGUGCAGGUUGGGAGCAGGAAAAAAUCUUAGUUCUGAGGUUAAAGCAUGCAAUUCCAGUUUUUCUUAUUCUCCUGAAGCCACAGCUGCCUUCGCCACCGCAAUGACGCUCAUCAUGCUCUUCACCAUCUUCGGGAACAUCCUGGUGAUCAUCGCCGUCCUGACUUGCCGCUCUUUACGAGGACCUCAGAACCUUUUCCUGGUGUCCUUGGCUGCAGCGGACAUCCUGGUGGCCACAUUGAUCAUCCCGUUCUCCUUGGCCAAUGAACUGAUGGGCUACUGGUACUUUGAGUCGUUUUGGUGCAAGAUCAUCUUAGCGCUGGAUGUGCACUUCUGCACGUCUUCCAUUAUACACCUGUGCGCCAUCAGCCUGGACCGCUACCUGUCCAUCUCCCGGCCGGUGCAGUACGCAACCCAACGCACCCCUCGCAAGAUCAAGGGGGCCAUAUUGGUGGUGUGGCUCAUCUCUGCGGUCAUCUCUUUCCCCCCGCUGGUAUCCAUGAAUAAGACCCCGCUGGCGAAGGAUGGGGGCGGCCCACAGUGCAAACUCAACGAGGACAUCUGGUACAUCCUGUACUCCUCCAUCGGGUCGUUCUUCGCCCCGUGCCUCAUCAUGAUCCUGGUGUACGUUCGCAUCUAUCAGAUUGCCAAGAAGCACACUAGAUGUCCUCCGGGAGAGCGGAGGAAAGACUGUGCAGGUGCUGUGCCACCAGGCCGAGAGCUGCAGAACGGGGAAAACCAGGGAGGUGUUGACCCUGCAAAUGUCCCUAAUCCGACUGCAUCCAGAUCUGACGCCGUAAACGAGCCUCAACCACCAGCAGAAAGUCGGCAGCAGAUGAAACACUCAAGGAGGUGCAAGGACUACGAGGACAGUUCAAGCUCUGGCUCCGACGUCGAGGUAAUUGGGGGACAUAAUGCCAACGGGACAACCUCCAGUGUGGGGGCGCCGGAGCCUGGCCACCAGACAUCCUCCCCAACCCAAACGUACCGAAAAGUCAUCGUAACAUCAAAGGGCAGCCAGCUGUCCUCUUCAAACAUGACACCAGCAGGAACUCCGAACACCAGGAGGAAAGCCAUGAUCAUCCGCGAGAAGCGGUUCACAUUCGUCCUGGCGGUCGUCAUUGGGGUUUUUGUCGUCUGCUGGUUCCCGUUCUUCUUCAGCUACAGCUUGCAGGCCAUUUGUCCAGAGGCUUGUAAACUACCAGAGCCACUUUUUAAGUUCUUCUUCUGGAUUGGCUACUGCAACAGUGCCCUGAACCCGCUCAUCUACACCAUCUUUAACAGGGACUUCCGUAAAGCCUUCAAAAAGAUUCUGUGUAAAAAGUAUAAGGACUCUUCUUUUUGA